GAAUGUGCCUUCCACAAAGCCUCUGUAAUUCACUGGUUAAUAAUAAAUAACUGAUUUCAAGAAGAAAAUUAGAUUAACCAUUAAUGAGUUUUUUUGUCUGUAAAUCUCGUUAUUUAUUGAUGAGGCAGUGGACCCUUUUUUUUUGGAAGACCACAUCUGCUGCACCUCCAACCCAACACAUUUAUAACCAGCUCAGGCUUCUUUCUCAGUGAGUAGAGUCACAAGUGAAACUGAGGACUGCAUGAAGGUUCAUCUUCUGAAACUUUGUUUGGUGGUGUCAGAAGGUUCAAAACGUGCUUAUCAACGCUUGGUGGGUCGUAGACCUUUCUCCAAACAAGAAGAAUCGAAGCGCUGAUUGAACGUGUGAUCAGUGACUGGGCUGCUUUGUAGAGUUUAAAGUAUGACGAGCACUGUGUUGCGCACUGGCAUCCUGGCACGGCUGACCCUGGCCGUGCGUCCCAGCUAUGGUCCUUUGGUGCUGGUCGAUCGCAGUUCUGCUUCUCUAGUGCACUUGGCCUCCUGGUGCAAGUUCUUCAGCCGCAGUAUGUCAGUACAAACAGGGUUCACAGUGCCCCCCCCAAAGUCCCUCCAGCAGCCACUCUCUGUCCCCAAAAGACUGCUGCUGGGGCCAGGUCCCUCCAACAUUUCCUCCAGAGUCCAGGAGGCAGGCGGAAGACAAAUAAUUGGACAUAUGCACCCGGAGAUGUUUCAGAUUAUGGAUCAGAUAAAGGCUGGAAUACAAUAUGCCUUUCAGACCACAAACAACUUAACGCUGGCAAUCAGUGGCUCUGGGCAUGCAGCCAUGGAAGCUGCUCUAGUAAAUGUACUGGAACCAGGAGAGGCGGUGCUAAUCGCAAUGAAUGGUGUCUGGGGCGAGAGAGCUGCAGACAUUGGUGAACGAAUCGGUGCAAAAGUCCAAAAACUUGUAAAAACCCCAGGAGAAAGUUUUUCCCUGCAAGACAUUGAGAAGGCACUAGUACAACACAAGCCUGUCCUGUUCUUCAUCACGCAUGGGGAGUCUUCAACAGGUGUGGUCCAGAAUUUGGAUGGAAUCGGAUCUCUGUGCAAAAGUCAUAACUGUUUACUGCUGGUUGACUCUGUUGCCUCGCUGGGUGGGGCACCUCUCUUCAUGGAUAAUCAAGAGAUCGACAUCCUUUAUUCAGGAUCACAAAAGGUUCUCAACUGUCCUCCUGGAACUGCACCCAUCUCCUUCAAUGAAAGAGCCUGCCAAAAGAUAUUUAACCGGAAGACAAAGCCCACGUCCCUGUACCUUGACAUGGGCUGGCUUUCCAACCUGUGGGGCUAUGAUGAAAGCCCAAGAAAGUACCACCACACAAGCCCGAUCACGUGCCUUUUUGCACUGAGAGAAGCGCUUGCAAUUCUUGCUGAACAAGGGCUUGAGAAUUAUUGGAAGCUUCACCAGGAGAAUGCUGAGUACUUGCAUAAAGGGCUGGAGGAUUUGGGAUUAAAACUCUUUGUAAAGGACAAGAGCAUGAGACUCCCUACAGUUACAACUAUUGCUGUGCCAGAAGGAUAUGAGUGGAAAGACAUCACUAACUUUAUUAUGAAGAAUUACCAGAUUGAGAUUACUGGUGGAUUGGGCCCUACAAUUGGCAUGGUUUUGCGGAUUGGAUUAAUGGGAAUCAACUGUACUAAAGCCAAUGCGGACCUGGUGAUCCGAGCUUUGAAGGAUGCCCUUGAGCACUGCAAAAAAAGCAAACACUGAAGCAAUGACACCGGACACUGAUAGCAUCGAUACUGUCCAAAUAACUGAACAUUACAAUCAGAUUACAUGUUUUACUCUGAUAGCAGAAACCAGCUUCCAAGUGCGGCAAACCCCCAGCAAUGACCAUAGUGCCUAAAGGACCAGUCGUCCAGUUUAGAUAACUGUUAGAAUGCCUAGCAUCACAUAGGCCAGUCUUUUGGACAGAUAUUACAUCAGAUCUUUUUUCUAUUAAUUGCAACAAAUUUUACUUUCGGGAAGGAAGGUGGUGGAUGGUUAAUCUGUUCCUAUUGAAUUGAUCUUAUACUAACUGUUGAUCAUGAUACCUUUUUUCUUAAAUUAAAAAAAAAUGAACCAUUUUAGGUUUGGAGAUUAGUUAUUUUGCCUUAUGUUCUGCUAGAUUAGUGUUGUUACCUUCAACAUAGUUUAGAUGCCAGUUUUUUGGGGGGGAGGAUGGUAAAAGUCUGGACCUAGGCCUUACACAAUAAGAUAAAAUGUUUUCCACAAUAAAUUGAGGUGUAUCAACGAGGCCCUAACGCUCCUGAUAAUCAGUCGCUCAUCUGACAAUGGGGGGGAAGAGAGACAUCAGGGCUCCCAAAGAAUGUCUAGUGUAACUUUUAGAUACUGUGAUUUGUGGAACGUGGCAGCUCUCAAGAUAUUAAUUACAAUUAUGUAUAGUAUGAAUAAUCUAAUGUAUUAAGAAUCUAGUGCUGGAUAUUUACUGAAUAAACAGUUAAGUCAAA